UGCCGUCCCAAAAAAAUCUAGCACUCCUUGUUAACAAUGUUAUCUCAGAAAACGACGAAAAUACCUCAUAUUUACAGUAGCAUUUGAUACAUGACCGACUGAUUAUCAUAAAGACGAUUUGCAUUUCUUUAUAUUUUAGGAAGGAAUACUGAAUUUAAACGGAGCUUGUUGAAGCUGCGAGGGGAAAAAACGAAGAACAUCAAAUGGCUUCAGUAACAGACACAGACAGUUUAAGCGGGAUCGAUGCCCUCGACAGUACAGCAACAUCACCUCUCCUGAAUGCACUAGCCACGAAUGAAGACCUUCUAUCUCCGGCCAGUCAACUUUCAAGCUUACGAGCCUCACUGGCUCAGUCGACUGGAAAUCUACUUAAAGGGAGUGGCGUUGACGAUAGCCCAGAGUUUAGACUAAACAACCCAUCAACACUGACAGAGUCUUCUUUAGAGAAACACAACGUCUCUAAUCAUCAACCUCAACCUUCCUUCCGUCAAGACGUCGGCACAAACAGGGGAAGGGGUAUCUCUCUUCCUAACACCCCUUUCUCAAACAUCGACCAAGGUUAUCAACAGUCACUAAGGCUUCCAGCAACGGCAGAUUCUAAAGAGACGAAACAUUCAUCCCAGUCUCGGACUCAGGCUUACCACCAUCAGGCAAACAGGCAACUAUUCAGCAACCAGUCAACCAAGACAACUACAGCUUCCAGCUUCAGAACAGACUCACACAUUCUAAAUGCGUCUGCUGGAAGUUCAAAAACAUUUGGAAAGCACCAAGAUCUUCACACAAUUAAACCUGAACCAUACUCCCAUCACCAGAAACUUGGAAGUUCUGACAAGAACCUUGCAGGUCUUCAGGAAAUGGAACAGGUGAGACGGAGUUUGUAUCACAUGAUCCAACACAACACAACAAGCAGACCGCGUCUCGAACGAGACAGUUUGGAAUCGAAGGAGAGUGUCGGGGACUUGCUGGCCACUCAUGGUGGAGAAGAAAAUGGUUUUUCAAGAGAGUCUUUUGAGAGCAAUAGGACAGACUCACUACUCGGGCCUCACACCUACCAAGAUGUUUCUCCUCUUGCAAUGGACAGUGGUCUUGGUCUAACCUCCUUAAGGAAUCUGAGCGGGAUGCAUAUUCCUGCCGCAAUGUCUUCCAGAGAUAACUCGCUGUAUGCUGAGAAUCAGAUGCUAAAGGAUUAUCUAGAGAAGGAGCGUUAUCGGAGAAAGCAUUGUGAGAACCAGAUUGGAGAGGUACAAGCCAAGCUUCUUGAGACGCAACAGCAACUUGCUGUGGCUAUCUCUACUGACCGCAAGAAAGAUGCCAUGAUUGAACAACUUGAUAAGACCCUUGCUAGAAUUGUGGACGGCUGGAGGAAACAAGAACAAGAAAAAGACGAAGCUCUCCAGACAUUGAUGGAAGAAAAGAAAAUGAUUGCCCAACAAAUGGAAGAGUUAAGAAAGGCUUAUGAGGAGAUUCAGUCGGAGUUAAAUCAGGCAAAAGAGAAACUUGGUCGUGAGUUACAACAAGCAAUGCAAGUACAUCAAGACACUGUUACUCAGUUACUCGCCCUUCAAGAAGAGCAGUCCAAAGUCAAAGAUCAAUUAAUCUCUGAGCAGAAGAUAACGGCACAGGCUCAGAAACAGCGAGACGGCGAAAUGGAGGAACGUCAUCGAUUGGAGAAACAAGUCAAACAGGUGCAACAUAUGCUGGCAGAGGAAAGACAACAAAGCCAGGCAUUGAGAAAAGAGUUCCAAGAAAGAAGUCAACAAUUUGAGAAGGAGCGUCAGCAACUACUUGAUAAGAACAAGGCGAAAUCUUCUAAGGAAGCAAGAAAUGAAGAGUUACUGGCGACUAAGGAGCAAGAGUUGGAAAAGCUGAAGAAUGAGUUUAAUUCAGUAUCAAGAGACAAGGAGAAUAGUCAACUUGAGCUGACUCUUCAACAAGCUAAAUUUGAAGCAGCCCAGCAGAAACAAGAGGCACACUGGCAAGAGAAACUAGAGAAAUGUAUCGACGAGCGCCUACGUGAACUGCAGCUACGAAGCAGUCAUUCAGAAGCAGAGUUAAGAGAGUCACAUCGGAAGCAGCUAGCUGAGCUUACGGACCAUCAUCAGAAGCAGUUUGGUCAACAGAGGGCAGCACAUAGUCAAGAACUUGCCAACAGAGAUAAGAAAUUGAGUGAUCAGACCAAGCAGUAUCAGACAAGAUUAGAGCAGCAUCAUCAAGACAUGACUGGGAUGACUAAACUUCUUGAGAAAGCUCAGAAACAGAGAUCUCAGUUAGUUCAGCGAUUACAAGGUGUACAAGUUUUCUGCACUGAUGCUCUCUCCCAGAUGAAUAAUGCCUCACCUCUUAUCAAGGAUUUAAAAUCCACUAGAGAAUUUUUAGGAGGUGGUGUUUCAGAUAAAUUAAAAGGUACCAGACCAUUAGCGAGCCCUAUUACUAUCUCUGUAUCAUCACCACAACGAGGAGUUGGAGUAGGAGGCGGGGAACUAGACAGCAAACAAGAGCACGAGGAUGGUGACGGUCGAGAAGACGAUUCAUUCCACGUCCCCAACUUCUCAUUAUCCACCACUGUGGCAUCUCAAAGCCCCCCUUCCCAAGAUCCAUUCAACCCUCACACCAAUCCCACUUACCCCUCCCACAACAACCUAAGAGACUUCACUCAUCGACAAGAUAUCCCAGUCAGUCUCUAUACCCAGUUUAUGGACAACGUAUCUGCAACCAGAGACGGCAAGGUUGAAGGCUUCUCAUCCCAAAACAACAACGGUGUAUCAAACACUGGGUACCCUGCACCGGUGAUUACCAACACUCAAGACAGGCAGUAUGGAGUGAUUGCUUCGGUCGAUAAGAAGUUGUCCUCUCAUCAGGAUUACCAGUACCCCGUUGCUGAUCCUAAUCCGAUAACCUUUACAGGUGUCAUGGGGGAUCAGUGGGAAAGAUCUAUCAAAUCCAACCCUGUCGCUAACACCUUUCCUAGUCAGGAUUUGAUCUCUAGUGGGUUACAGAUGUUAAAGAUGACACCUCCAUCGAGUCAUAGUUCACCUCUCAGGGAUGAGACACCCAGGGGGCUGGAGGGGGUGACACCCAGGGGGCUAGAGGGGAUGACACCCAGGGGGCUAGGGGGGGUGACACUAGGUGACAUCUUGCGGGUUACUGGAGGUUGGGGUGGGCUCAAAGAAGGGCGAGGUGAGAGAGAAGAGGAUUUUAGAGAUUUUAGAGAGAUCCAGCCGACAUUGGACGACACUAAAACAACAAAUUCUAUUGCAGCUUAUCCCAGUGAAGAUGAUACUAGUUGUGAGUUGGAAUCAGGCCCCAUUCCUCAUGAAAGUUCUAAUAUUCUACUUGAGAGACUAGCUGAACAUAAGGAAAGACAAUCAGCUCUCCAGCAUUACAUACAGAUGCUCUUACAGCAACCUCCCGACCUAGCAGAGAACGGUUCACACAUCACUACAGACAGUAGGCAGGUUGUGACCAAGGAAACAGUCAGAAUCUCAAAUCAAAAAGAGGGAAUGGUGACUUGGCAGGAACUGGUACCCUCAAAUCAAUCCCAAGGACAUGCUGCUAAUGCUGUCCUCACCAGGCAAGGCAUGUUAAACCAUGGGGCACACCAGACGUCACACACCCAGGUAGACCCUGGGGUAAACCAGACAUCACACACCCAUGUAAACCCUAGGCCAAACCAGGCGUCACAGGGAGACCGUGGGUCACAACCGGUUUCACACUCUCAAGGAAACUCCAAGACAAAUCAAACAAAAGGAAUGCCUCAUCACUCUCAGACAAGAGCUGAUCAGAAGUCCAAAAGCUCCGCUACUGGAGGCAGGCAAAGUAUCGACAAACAGUCUGCCAAACCUAAACUUCAAAGUACCAUUCAGAGCCAAGUGUCAAGGACUUCAAGAUCUCAGAAGGUGACUGCUGCUACAAGGCCUACAAGACAAGUCACUGCCUCAACAUCAACUCAAAGGAAAGUUGCUGGAGGAAGAAUAACUCGAAACUAAAAUCUUCCGUAAGUGAAAAAUACAGAGCCAUUUAAUUUUGUUGAAGAUGCUGACAUUAAUUCAGGGAUGUGGUGUGAUUUCUCUGGAAAUCCGUUUUUUUAACCACCCCCUUCCCCCCAAUCGGUUGCCUUCUGCCUUUUCACUAUAUUGUGUCACUGGUUCCCCUCUGUGCUUUACACAUGUUAGCAUGGAACAGGCUAUUGGGACCAUGGAUAAAACCAUGGUCCUAAGGCUAGUUCCGACCAGCCUGGGUUUUUACUAAAAAUGUUGAUCCUUUCGGUAACCAAGGUGCGCUUGGUGUUGCUCUUGGUUUCCUCCACACAAUGUGCCUCAUUAUUUAUACAAUGUUACCUCUAUAAUGGUUCAUUGGGCUGUGUUUGUACUCAAGAGUGGCAUCUUCAGCAUGUAUGUACAUUGUACUAGCAUAGCCAUUGUUGUCUGAAAGUUGCCUCAGGUACACAAUUAGUUUGGUAAAAUAAGCAUUUUUGUUUAAAUCAUUUUACUGUAGGGCGUGAGGUAAAUUUAAAUUGGUUUAUCAAAUGCAUAUACAGCGUAGAUAAUGGGGUUUGGUUCUUUGAUAUUUUUACAUUCAACACGAAGAUGCAAACAUAACUGAAAUGCAAAGUGCCUUGGUAGGUUUUUUUUUCAGUGCAUUUUGUUUGCACUUGGAGAUUGUGCCUUUUCAAUAUGUACUAACAUAGUCAUUGUUCUGUAAAAGCAGCCUCAGGUUUGUAAUUACUUUGGUAUAAAAAUACUUUUUUUAUUAUCAUUUGAUAAUAAGGGCUUGACGUCAAUUAAAUUGCUGUUAAAUGCCUAUACAGCAGUUAUAGUUUUAUUUUAUUUAUUAUUUAUUUAUUUAUUUAUUUAAUAUGAUUUGUUUUAAGAAAUUGGGAGACAAGAGAGAAAGAGAAAUUCAUAGUUGUGACUUUUUAUGAGUCAAAAUAAAAGGUAUAAUGUAUAUCCCAAAUAUGACUUAAUUGAACAAAUGACAAACGCUAAUAUACAUGUGUGAGAUUUAAUUCAGAAGUUAUUAUUGUGUUUUUCUAAGUCAUGAUUGUGAGACAUUUAUCAUAAUUAUGAGAUAUAAGUCACAAUUCUGAGAAAGUUAUGAUUAUGACUUCUUCUUUCUCUCUCCCCUCUCAAUAAUAAUAUUAAACAGUAUUUAUAUAGUGCUCGUCUUAAAGCAGUUCAAACAUCAUUACCCCCUUGAUAUGUCACUUGGCCAUUACAUUCAUUCUUUAAACCUUGUAAGCUCAAUUAUCACUUAGCUAAAUCAAGCCAUUACAUUCAUUCUUUAAACCUUUUCAGUUCAAGUAUCACUUAGCUAAAUCAAGCCAUUACAUUCAUUCUUUAAACCUUCUAAGCUCAAUUAUCAAUUAGCUAAAUCAAUCACACGAACCAUCUCUGCAUUCGUGUAUGCAUCUAGAAGCAAUUACCAUUAUUAGUUGAGUGUUUUGUUCAAUGACACAAGUCUUAUGACCUGAAUUCGAACGAUGUCCCUUCACUGCUUCCCUGAAUAUAUAAUGAUAUCCAACGAAACAAAUAAAUAUUAUUGGAACAAAAAGGAAUGUUAUCAGUAUAAACCACAAUGAAUAUUGUAAAGCAAACAAGAGAUUCUGAACUUCAUAAUGUACAUGUACUCGUUUCAAUACAACCUCUACAUGUACAAAUGUAUAUAACUUGCUCUUAAUAAUGGAGUACGAUUGUAGAUUGUCAAGAAAUAAUUAAUUCUAAACUACAAUACAAUUAACAUAUUUAAAUCCACUACAAUGAAUACACAUAGAACACCGUUUCAGCAUCUAAUGCACUAAGUUCAAAGAAGUAUAUUACAACCUUACAUUUUGUCCAGCCUUACUUCUUACUUCGUAAUUGCACAAAGUAGGCUCUACCUUUAGGCCUUUAGGCCUAUAACCGUUGACCAAUACUUAAAGUGCUUCCACAUGGUUUACUUAGUCUUUAUAUUAUUUGAUAUUAAUAAUAAUAAUAAACACAAGCCUUUUAUUGUAUAUACUUAUCAGGGAACGAUUCGUCCAACAAUUUUAAAUUACAAUUUUGUACUGAACUUGUUUUGUGCAUACUGAAUGGAGUAGCAAAUGGUGAUUUGUUAGUAUAGCAAUUGACAUAAAUUGGUGUAGUAUUUUGCUACUCUGUUCAUGUGUAAUCGUUCACUGCUUACAUUUAACUGAAAUACACUAAACAAUCUAGUUAAUACAAUUUUGCCAAAUUAAAAUGUUUUCAUUUAUUAGUUUGUGGGCCUAUCGUUCAUUAAUUAUUGUACUAACUGUAUCAAUCUUAGUAUUAUUUAUUUAUUUAUUUUA